GCUGCAGCCGAAUCUUCGUGAGUCGUGACAAUAGGGAUUCGUGCCUCGAGAGAGCCGAAGACCGGAGCCCCAAAACCCCUGGUGCCGCCGGCGUACGGCCUCCAGUCUCCAGUCUCCGGUUUCUGUACUGCUGGCGGCGCUUCGGCACCACAGCCGGCAAAGAUGCCCCCCUUCCGGAGGCCUUCCCUCAUCCUCGCGCUUCCGCUCCUACUCCUGCUCCUGCAGGCGCCGUCUCCGGAGGCAGCCGAGUCCACGCCGGGGACCCGGACGCGCAAGAUCGGCGGCUCGGGGGCGUCCUCGGUGUUCUCGCUCUUCAACCUCAAGGACAAGAGCAGGUUCUGGACUGAGUCUGUCAUCCGUACAGAGUUCGAUGACUUGGAAGGUUCUGCAUCACGGGACUCUAGCAAAAAGGGCCCGCUCAACUUCACAAGAGCUGGUAAUAUUGCAAACUAUUUGAGCCUGGCAGAGGUUGAUUCCAUAUAUCUUUCGAUCCCUGUGAACUUCAUCUUUAUUGGAUUUGAUGGAAAUGGAGGGCACGAGUUUAAGUUGGGGCCUGAAGAACUGGAGCGCUGGUUUACAAAAAUAGAUCACAUAUUUGAGUACACAAGAAUCCCUCCAGUUGGUGAAGUUCUAACCCCGUUCUACAAGACUACUGUUAAGAAACUUCAGCAUUAUGAUCUUCCUUUAGUCAGCCAUGUGAACCACAAUUUCUCCGUGCAUGCAAUACACAUGGGAGAAGAUGUCUUAUCUGUUUUUGAGCAUGCUAUAAAAGUUCUAUCCCGUAAAGAUGAUCUCACGGAUUCCAAAGAAAAUGAAGAGUUACUUUUGCAAGUGGAUAGUGCUCAAAUGGAACAUAUAUUUUCAACUCUUGUUGAUCACCUUCAGAUACAAGAGGCUUACAAUAUCUUCGUUCUCAAUCCCAAGCCUAUUGGCAAGAGGGUUAAUUAUGGUUAUCGGAAAGGCUUCUCUGAGUCUGAGAUCAACUUGCUCAGGGAGAACAAGACCCUGCAAGCUCGGAUACUCCAAUCUAAAAGUGACAACAAACUCUUCCUUGAUAUCGAGAAAGGAGUCAACAGAAGGCCGUUAUAUGAAAGUCAUCCUCUAUCAUCAUUUUCAUGGACUCGAACUGACAGUAUCGAUAUGGGGGGUUGGUCAAAGAAAUGCAAGGAAGCAUUAAGCAAUUUUGAGCUGCUGAAGGAAGGGAAGAGUAAAGACGACAUUGUUUAUGAAAAGGCUGUUCAGAUAUUACAUGGUACAAAGGAUGAGGUGCAUGACAUUGUACAAACUGCACUUAAGUCCAGUGAUUUGAAGGGUCUCCAUGCCCAAUGUCUUACAGAUAUAUGGAUAGGCAGAGAGAGGUUUGCUUUUGUUGAUCUGAGUGCAGGACCAUUUGCCUGGGGCCCUUCUGUUGGUGGUGAUGGUGUCCGUACAGAACUUAGUCUGCCAAAUGUUGCAAAGACUGUUGGGGCUGUUGCAGAAGUUACAGAAGAAGAAGCUGAAGAAAAAUUGCAAGACACAAUAAGGGAGAGGUUUUCGUCCUUUGGUGAGGAUUACCAUGCUGUUGAUAUCCUAUUAGCAGAGAUUGAUGUGUAUGAACUUUUUGCUUUCAAGCAUUGUGUGGGAAGAAGAAUACAGCUUGCCCUUUGUAAAGAACUUGAUGAGAGGAUGCAUGACCUGAAAAAGGAACUGGAGGGUUACAACACUGGAGAUUCUGAUGAAAUUAACAAGAAGAAAGCUCUUGAUGCACUGAAGAGAAUGGAAAACUGGAACUUAUUUAGAGAUACUAAAGUGGAACAUCAUAGUUACACAGUGGCUCAUGAUUCAUUUCUUGCACAACUUGGAUCUAUGUUAUGGGGCUCUAUGAGGCAUGUAAUUGCUCCUUCUGCCUCUCAUAGAGCGAACCAUUACUAUGAGAAGUUAUCAUUUCAGUUGUAUUUCGUGACACAAGAGAAAGUCAGGAGCAUAAAGCAGUUACCUGUUAAUGUAAAAUCCAUAACGGAGAGCCUGAGUUCUGUGCUACUACAUCAUCAAAAGUCCAUGUUUAGCCAAAACAUGCUGUCAUUGUCAGAGGAUCCAUCAUUGAUGAUGGCGUUUUCAAUGGCACGUCGUGCAGCUGCAGUGCCACUUCUUUUAGUUAAUGGCACCUAUAAGUCAACUGUUAGCACAUACCUUGAUUCUGCUAUUCUCCAACAUCAGCUACAGAGGCUAAAUGAGCACAAUUCACUGAAAGGAGGACAUUCAAAUCACAGGUCAACAUUAGAGGUCCCAAUAUUCUGGUUCAUACAUAAUGAACCCCUAUUACUGGACAAACAUUAUCAAGCCAAGGCUCUCUCAAAUAUGGUUGUAGUAGUUCAGUCAGAUGAUGAUUCCUGGGAAAGCCAUUUGCAGUGCAAUGGAAGACCCAUCUUAUGGGAUUUGAGGAAACCAGUUAAAGCUGCUAUUGCUGCAACUGCUGAGUAUGUAUCUGGUCUACUUCCUCCACAUUUGGUUUAUAGCCAUGCUCAUGAAACUGCAAUUGAGGACUGGACCUGGUCUGUGGGUUGUAAUCCCUCAGCUGUUACUUCUCAAGGCUCACAACUUUCAGAGUUCCAGCAAGAUGUUAUUGCUCGUAACUAUAUUAUUACUUCAGUGGAGGAAUCCAUUCAAGUAGUCAAUUCAGCAAUUCAGCAAUUGGUAAAAGAGCGGACUACUGAAAAAGGCUUCAAAAUUUUCAAGGCUCACGAAAGUAAGAUGGUUGAGAAGUACAAUGCUGUUAUUAGCUUGUGGAGAAGAGUAUCAGCUAUGUCCAAGGGAUUGCGAUAUGGUGAUGCAGUAAAACUUAUGUCAAUGCUUGAGGAUGCUUCAAAUGGAUUUUCUAGUGCUGUGAACUCCACCAUUUCAAGUCUACACCCUGUCCAAUGCACCCGUGAAAGGAAGCUCGAUGUGCAGCUAGACUUGACAACACUUCCUGCUUUCGUAGCUGUAUUUUUGUUGCUUUGGUUUCUUCUACGUCCAAGGAGACCAAAGCCUAAGAUCAACUGAGGACGAGAGUCUGUCGCUCAUCGUUGCAACUAAUGAGCAGCGUAGGCCAUAGGAUUCUUGUGAAUAGGCACAACAUGGAUUACAGAUGGUGCUGGAGCAUGGCUCAGGAUUUCUAAGGUCCAAAACACUGUGGCAGGUAUGAAAGUUUCAGAAGAUUACAAUCCUGACCCUUUCCCAAGUUGUAGCCGAGUUAAAAUACUUUAAUUUGUUCAUGCUGUAAUGUUCAGGGAACCGAGAGAUUGUCUUUACAGCAACACUAAUGGCUAGUGGUUAGUAUCGUCUUCCAGUCAUCUAAAAUGUUACUAGUACAAUCCAGUUGUCUGUUUCCAGCCGUUUACAUGUAAAAGUCCAUAUUCAAGUUCGACGGAAAGAAACAUGUUCUGCCAUUUAUUACAAAAUGAAACCAAAUAAAAAUGUUGUGCGCCUGGUAGGAACAGUA